AUGGCGGACGGCCGCAGGACACCUGCCAGACGCGGCCGCUCUGCCGAUGACAUCAAUGGCCGGUUGCGUGACAGCCACGUCCGGUUCUCGGAGGAACUGAGGCGGGAGGGUGAUCAGAGACAAGAGAGGCAAGGAGGGAGCCGCGCACCGCCGCUGCGACUCGACACGGCCCUCUACACGAUCCAGUCGCGCGUCGAUCCCACGGAGGCGCAGCGGCAACGCCACCCAGAUGCUUUCGGCGAGACGGAGGGCGAGCCAUCUGCGUCGGCGCCCACCGGCCCUUCGCAGGACGAGGAGGAGUAUCGGGGACGGCCGAGCGCCGUGAGCUUCGGCGGAUCACCGAUUUCCAUCACGCGCCGCCCCCAUAUCCCGGCGUUCGACGCGCCCCCCAAGGCCACCUCGAGCGUGACCAACAGCGAGAACAUAGCCGCCGCCAAGGACACCCUCGCGCGAUACAGGGCCCUGGUGUCGCGGCAGCGCGAGCGCCAGAAGCAACGGCUCAGCGCGCCGUACGUCAAGUUCAAGAAGAGGGCACAUGCGCUUUACAACAGCUAUAUCGUCGAGGGACUGCUGCAGCAGAAGCCCCUGCCCCCGAGCGUCGACGGCAGGCACAUCCCCCUGCGGCCCGGCCUCGCGCGGCGCAAGCCGCUGACCGACGAGCGGACGGGCAAGUCGUACAUUACCAACUUCAUCCGGUCGACUCGGUACACCCUCUGGGACUUCAUCCCGAAGCAAUUAGUCUUCCAGUUCAUGAAGUUGGCGAACAUGUAUUUCUUGAUCAUCGGUAUCCUACAAGCGGUCCCUGGAUUGAGCACGACUGGAAAGUACACGACAAUCGCGCCUUUGUUGGUAUUUGUAGCCCUGAGUAUGGGCAAGGAAGGGUACGAUGACUACCGGAGGUACAAGCUCGACCGAGUGGAAAAUUCGAGCGACGUAUGGGUACUGGACCCUGACAGGACUGUGACCGGUGGUAAAGCGCGGCGGAUGAAACCCUUCAAAAUGCACAUGGGCAGGAAGCCAAAGACGGCCGAUCAGGAGAUGGGCAUGACGGAGCUCGAGAGGUCCGACAGCACCAGAGACGACGUCGAACCGUGGUCACCGAUCAAGUGGGAGAACAUCAGGGUCGGCGACAUCAUUCGGCUGUCGAGGAACGAAAACGUCCCUGCCGACAUUGUUCUCCUCCGUGCCUCUGGCCCCAAUGGCAUCGCGUAUAUCGAGACCAUGGCCCUCGACGGAGAGACCAACAUGAAGAGCAAGCAUGCUUCUACGCUACUGGCCAAGCAUUGCUCUUCGAUCAGGACGAUGGAGGCCUGCAACGCAGAGGUCGUUUCCGAGGAUCCCAAUCUUGAUCUGUACAGCUACGAAGGAAAAGUCAUUGUCAACGGAGAGACUCGCCCUCUCACCCUGAACGAGGUGGUCUACCGUGGCUCGACUCUGCGCAACACCGAGGAGGCGGUUGGUCUUGUCAUCAACACCGGUGAAGAGUGCAAGAUCCGCAUGAACGCCAACAAGCAUGUGCGCGCCAAGGCGCCUGCACUGCAAGAGAAGGUGAACCGCAUCAUCUUCUUGCUGGUGAUCUUUGUCCUCCUCCUGACCCUCGGAUGCACCGUCGGCAACAUCUGGUGGAAUCCUAGACACGGCAAGAAGGCUGGAUAUCUCGACCAUGCCACCCCGCCGUUCAAGGCUAUCUUCCUGGGCUUCAUCAUCAUGUUCAACACUAUUAUCCCGCUGUCCCUCUACGUCAGCUUGGAGAUCAUCAAGGUUGGCCAGUUCAUCCUGAUGCAAGACGUGGAAAUGUACGACCCGGAGACGGACACGCCCAUGGUGGCAAACACGACGACCAUCCUCGAGAACUUGGGCCAGGUCAGCUAUGUCUUUUCCGACAAGACGGGCACUCUCACCGAGAACAAGAUGCGUUUCCGAAAGAUGAGUGUCGCUGGAGCCGCGUGGCUGCAUGACAUGGACAUUGUCCGCGACGCACAGGAGAAAGACCUGAAGGAGCGCGUGAGAGUCAUGUCGAUGCAACAAGGCGGCAAAGGCAAGGGGAAGCAGAGCUUCACAUUGCCGAGGAAGGUCUCAACCCAGACCAUUCGGACUCUUGACAAUGCCACCGAACAGGCCGAUGACCCCUUUAUGGCCAGAGAUAUUCCAAGAAGGUCAACAACAUCGGCGUCUCGCUGGAGGUCGUCCGUUCGCCCGGACCACGCCCAGCCCGAUAUGAAGACUGAGGAUCUGAUCAACUACCUUCGCCAAAAGCCUCAUACGACCUUUUCGCGAAAGACCCGCAUGUUCAUCCUGUGCAUUGCCCUCUGUCAUACCUGUCUGCCCGAACGUCAGGAGGACGGCGAGAUUACCUUCCAGGCGCCUUCGCCUGAUGAGCUUGCGCUUGUUCAAGCCGCACGAGAUAUGGGCUACCUCAUGGUCGAUCGCUCUGCCAACACCAUCACUCUCCAGUUCCGAGACCUCGACGGCUCGCCAGUCACGGAAACCUUCGAGGUGCUGGACGUGAUCGAGUUCAAUAGCAAGCGGAAGCGCAUGUCGAUCAUCAUCCGUAUGCCUGACGGGCGUAUCUGCAUCCUCUGCAAGGGUGCCGACAGCGCCAUCCUGCCACGUCUCAAACUCAACAAUCUCGCACUUCAGAAGGCCUCGGCGGUCGAGCGUAGAGCUAGUGUGCGGAAGAGCAUGGAGCAGGAGAGGGCGUUGCGCCGACAGAGUUAUCAGACCACGCCCCGUACGAGUCUAGUGCUCCCGCGCACGUCUGCAACGAUGCCUCGCAGGAUGAACACGAUCAAGUUUGGAACCUCUCAAACAUCCAUGGAUGUUCUGCCGCGCCGUUCGGUGAACCUUACCGGCGAGGUCGACGAGUGGCUUACGCGCCGCGAGUUGGCGGACGUUGACACGACCCGGGGCAACGACGAUGCCUACACCACGCCCCGGCAGUCCAUCGCCUUGAGCAUCUCGCGAGACUUGCCCAGCUCGCCUGUGGUCGAUCUCUACGACGGUUUUGUCGACGAGUCCAUGGCUGCGAAUGAGGGUGCCAUCUUCGACAGGUGCUUCCAGCACAUCGAUGAUUUCGCUUCGGAAGGGCUUCGCACACUUCUCUUCGCUCACCGGUAUCUCGAGGAGGAGGAUUACAGGAAGUGGAAGGUGAUCUUCCAAGAGGCUACUACCAGCCUCUCGGAUCGCCAGAACCGCAUCGAUGCUGCUGCGGAGCUCAUCGAGCAGAACUUUGACCUCUCUGGUGCUACGGCCAUUGAGGACAAGCUGCAGCAGGGUGUCCCCGAGACCAUCGACAAGCUGCGUCGGGCCAACAUCAAGGUGUGGAUGCUGACUGGCGACAAGCGCGAGACCGCUAUCAAUAUUGCGCACUCUGCAAGGAUAUGCAAGCCAUUCUCGGAGGUCUAUAUUCUUGAUGCCAAGGACGGCGAUCUCCAGGAGCGCAUUGCUUCCACACUGGUCGACGUCGGCCGUGGUAUGAUGCCGCAUUCAGUGGUGGUAAUCGACGGGCACACGCUAGGUGUGGUCGAGGCCGACGACGACAUGAGGGUGCUGUUCUUCGAUCUGGUCGCCCGCGUCGACUCGGUCAUCUGUUGCCGUGCCUCUCCGUCCCAGAAGGCAUCGCUGGUAAGGUGCAUCCGUGAACGAGUCCCGGACUCUGUCACCCUGGCCAUUGGAGACGGAGCCAACGACAUCGCCAUGAUUCAAGCUUCGCACGUUGGCGUUGGUAUCUCUGGUCGGGAGGGUCUGCAGGCAGCGAGAACCUCCGACUUCUCCAUCGCUCAGUUCCGCUUUCUGCAGCGCUUGCUCUUCGUUCACGGCCGGUGGAACUAUAUCCGGACGUGCAAGUACAUCCUGGGUACCUUCUGGAAGGAGAUUGUUUUCUAUCUCAUCCAGGCGCAGUACCAGUACUUCAAUGGCUUUACGGGGACUUCGCUGUACGAGAACUGGAGUCUGACGGUCUUCAACACGCUCUUCACCUCCUUGCCCGUCAUCCUGAUUGGUAUCUUCGAGAAGGAUCUGCGCGCCGAGACCUUGCUGGCGGUGCCGGAGCUGUACACGUUUGGCCAGCGCAAUAGCGCCUUCAGCUUCCGCAUCUAUCUGGGAUGGAUGUUCAUGGCCGUCACGGAGGCCGUCAUCAUCUUCCGGAUGCUCUACGCCUUCUUCUCCCAGUCCCUCUUCACCAUGGACACGACGCUCUACGCCAUGGGCACCGUCGCCUUCACCGUCAGCGUCAUCUUCAUCAACAUCAAGAUGCUGGCCCUCGAGAUGCACCACCAGACCGUCAUCUCCUUCCUGGGGCUGACCGUCUCCGUCGCCGGCUGGUUCGCCUGGAACGUCUUCCUGUCGGCUGUCUACGGCCACGGCGGGCCCUACCGCGUGCGCAAGGAGCUGCUCUGGAACUUUGGCCGCAAGUACUCGUGGUGGCUCACGUGCGCCGUCAUCCUGGCCGCCUGCGUCGUCCUGGAGCUCGUGGUCACGAGCGCGCGCCGGGCGUUCUGGCCGCGCGACCAGGACGUGGCGCAGGAGUUUGAGCACUACGACGGCGUGCGCGACGUGCUGCGCGAGCACGCGGCGGAGCAGGGGGAGGCUGCUGCUCCUGCUGCUGGCGCCGCCGCCGCCGCCGAGGCGCAGCCGCCCCGCGGGUAUCGGGAGGACGGCGUGGACCGCAUGACGAGCUGGGGCUGGCAGGCCGCUGGCGAGGGGAGCGGCGAGGGCCCUGCCGCGGCGGAGCCGAGGGCGCCGGACGCGAAGCGGGGGAAGGGCGACGGCCCCCGGGAGACGGUCGUCGAGGUGACGCCUGGGCCUAGGCCUGCGCCGAAGAGGAGCAGCUGGGCUUAG